AUGGCCAGUACCAUUGGUACUCCACUGUUUGUUGAUGCUUGUACAACAAAUCAACAUAGGAUAUCAUAUGCUAGAAUCUUGAUUGAGAUAAAUGUGACUAAAAACUUGCCUACAGAAGUGACUGUGAUGGAUCCAUCCGGAAGGCAAUUUCAGCAGAGGAAAAAGGAGCAGGAAGGUCAACCACUGAAGAGAAGGAAGCCAACAAAAAUAGUGCAAACAUGGGUAGCAAAAAGGGUAAUACAACAACAAAGUGCAGGAAGCCUAGGAAUGUCUGACCAACAAGAAGUUGCAGGGAUACUUUUGAUAGAUAAAGGUAAGGCAGCUGUAAGGGGAGCAGAAGGUGAGUGGUCACAACCAAAGAGUAAAGGCAAUAGUCUAAGGCAGAGAACAGAAUACCAAAAGGCUGAGGCAGAGAAAAAUGAAAGGAAUGAGGGCCAUAAAGAUGCAAUGGCCAACUCAGAAGGAGUGUAUGCAGUGUCAAAAAAGAAUGGCUUCCAAGCUAUUCUUAUGCAUGAGAAGGGAAUAAAUAAGAGGUACAAACAGAAGAAAAUUAAGAAGUACCUCAUAGAAAAUCACAUAAAAAUAGCAGGUCUUGUGGAAACAAAAGUCAAGGAGAAUAAUGCACAACAUAUUGUUGGGAAAAUUGCAUGUACAUGGAGUUUGCUCAACAACUAUGGUGAUGCUAGUAAUGGGAGAAUUUGGAUUAUGUGGGAUAGUAGAAUCUACAAUAUCAAGAAAUUGGCAAGCCAAGUACAAUAUAUACAGUGUCAUAUCAUAGGGAAGCACAAUGGAGUGGAUUUCUUAAUAGCAGUUGUUUAUGGCUUUAAUACAAUGGAGCAGAGAAAGACGUUAUGGUCUCAGUUAAACUACCUGGCUUCAGGGAUUAAUAAGCCUUUGGUUAAUAUGUGGAGAUUUCAAUGCUAUACAUAUCCUCAAGAUAGACAUUAUGGAGUACCAGUGACACUGGCUGAAAUUAAAGAUUGCAGAUUGCUAUCACAAUCUCUCAGUGAAUGA